UCAGAAAUAGAAGAAAAAGAAAAUAAAGGAAGAGAGAGAGAAAGAGAGAGAGAGUGGAGAGGGGUUGGGUUGUCCUUGUUGUUGUGUAUCAGAAUAUUUGCAGUGAUAUUCAUUGAUUGCCCAUUUUUCCUUUCUCUCCUUUCUUUGUUUUUUUUCCUUGCCAAAUAAUAAUAAAUAAAAUCAAGAAAGAAAGAAAGAGAAAGCGAAGACGGAGCCAGAGAUUGAUUUCAACGCAGCAGCCAAAAACUUUGAGGAAGGCAAACGUAAAGUGGUGGUGGUGGAGAAAAAAGAAAGAAGAAAGAGAAGAGAAUGGAGGAAGCAGUAGCUGCAAGGUAUUGGUGUCACAUGUGCUCUCAAUAUAUCGAUCCCAUCCUGGAAGUUGAGAUCAAAUGCCCAUUUUGCCAAAGUGGAUUUGUUGAAGAGAUGAAUAGCACAACCAUUAGGGACAAUCAAGCCCAAGCGGACGUAGAUACUGACACCGAUUUUGGGUCCGAGCGCGCCCUCUCUCUCUGGGCCCCUAUAUUGCUCGGCAUGAUGGGCAAUCAACCCCGUCGCCGGCGCCGAAGAUUCAGACAAAUUGAGUUCGAGUUUGGAGAUGAAGAUGAUGAACAUGACAAUGACAAUGACCAUGAGGAUGGCCAUGGCCACGGCCACGGGGGAGGGGAGACUGAAUUGGAUCGUGAACUUGAGUCCAUAAUGAGGAGAAGGAGAAGAAGCUCAGCUACUAUACUUCAAUUGCUCCAAGGCAUUCGAGCUGGAAUGGCCUCUGAAUUAUCUGAGAAUUCUGAAGUUGAUAGGGAUAGAGAGAGGGAUAGGGAAAGAGAUAGAGAUAGAGAUAGAGAAAGAGAAAGAGAAAGAGAGCGCCUGGUUUUGAUCAACCCUUUCAAUCAGACUAUCAUUGUUCAGGGUUCUUAUGAUUCCAGCAGGGGGAGUCAAAGCGAGAAUCAGAGCCACAUUGGGUCUUUAGGUGAUUAUUUUAUUGGACCUGGUUUAGAUUUAUUGCUGCAGCAUUUGGCUGAGAAUGAUCCAAAUAGAUAUGGUCCUCCACCUGCACAAAAGGAGGCAGUUGAAGCAUUACCUACUGUGACAGUUAAGGAGAACUUGCAGUGUUCAGUGUGUUUGGAUGAUUUUGAGAUUGGUGCCGAAGCAAAGGAGAUGCCAUGUAAGCAUAAAUUUCAUAGUGGAUGUAUUAUGCCAUGGCUGGAGCUUCAUUGUUCUUGUCCAGUUUGCAGGUUUCAGUUGCCUGCUGAUGAGACCAAGCGUGAUACAGAUGCUUCUAGGAACAGCAGUAAUCAGAGGGAGAGGGAGAGUAAUGAGAGUGAAAUUGGUCAUGGUAAUGGUAGUAAUGAAGAGGGAGAUGGAGGGGAUGGGAGAAGUGGAAGUGGGAGAAGGUUUUCAUUUCUAUGGCCUUUUAAUGGUUUCUUUUCUUCUUCGGGUGGAGGGAAUUCUUCCUCAAACUCCUCAUCUUCGUCGGCUAAUUCAACCGGAGGUGGAAAUGCUUCAUCUCAAACCGAUGAUAAUUGAUUAUAUUUUCGUCAGUUUUUUUUUUACUCUGUUGCCUGAAUUUUAUGCCUUGCUUUUAUGUAUAUAGCAUCUGAAUCGGUAAGAUCAAUUUGUGCUGUCAUCCUUCAGUGUUUUGUAGAUCUCUUGCCCUCUUACAAGAAUUUCUACGUUCCUAUUUGACCUACUCUUCUUCAUUUGUAUAAAUUUUUCUUUUUACCUUUU